AUGGAUUUUACUCCAGUACGAGAUACGAGUGUUACAUCUGGCCUUGACCAAUCUCAAGGUCAAGCUAAAAGAAUAUCAAAUGAACGUCAAAUGAUUGCCAAACUUGAUCCAGCUGAACUUCAAGAUCGAUAUUUACGUUUAUAUGAUGACCAUUUGGUUCUUAAACAGCAUGCUCGAAAGCAAGAAGAUAAAAUUAAAAAAUUAGCAACCAAAUUAACAAAAGUAAUUGAAGAUAAAAAGAAAAGUGAUGGAAUUCCUUUAGGAAUUAAACUUGGCGCUCGUGAAACCGAAACUGAAAAUCUUCUUGCUGAAUAUCGUAAUAAAAUAUCUCAAUUAAGUGAACAAAAUAAAUUACUUAAACAACGCAUUGUUGUUGCUCAACAACAAUUACAAGCGGCACAACAAAUGAAAAAAUCACCUACUAUGUAUGAUAAUGUUACAUCAAGAAUUGAUACAGGUCAACCGAAGCGAAUGCCAUCACCAUUACUUCAUAAUCUUCGUGUUAUUGGUCCACGAGAUUCAUCAAGAAUUAUAUCAACUGUGGUCUACUUAUAUUUUAGAACUUCUGGAACAACUCCAAGAAUAAAUAGUGCAUUAUUAGAAGAUGCUCGAAUGACAAAUAAACAAUUAGAAGAAUCACUUGAAAAAGCUCAUCAACAAUUAAAUGCCAAUGAGCAACUAAUUGAAAGUCUUCGUCAACAACUUCAACAACGUGAUAAUGAAUUUGAACAAAAUUUAAUACGUUUAAAAGCUCAAACAACAGGUGGUGAUUCACGUACUAAUUUACAAGAAAAUAUUGAUAUGAUUCGUUUACAACGAGAUUUACGUGAUAAAUCUGAUGAAUUAAGACGUUUCCAAACUCAAUGUACAAAUUUUGAAUCGCAAAAUCGUUCACUUCAAGUGACGAAUGCAGAAUUAUUAAAAGAAAUUGAUCGACUUGAUAGACAAAUAAAAGAUGAACAACAACGAGCAUUACAAUUACGUACUGAAUUACGAAAUGGAUCACGUUCAAAUACAGUUAUUCACGAACUCAAUGCUCAAAUAGAAGAUUUUCGACGUGAAUGUGAAUUACUAAAAGAAGCAAAUACAAAAUUAGUUAGUUCAGCAUUUAAUGGUGAUCGUGAACGAGAAUUUCGUGAAAAAGAAAGAGCAUUAAAAUUACAAAUAGCACAACUUGAAGCAACAAUUAAAGCAGAUUUAGGUGAAAGAGGAACUUUACUUGAUCGGCUUACAUUAGAAAAAGAUUCAACUAAAAGAACUGAUGACGAACAUCGUUCUAUGCAUUUGAAAUAUUUAGAAAUGAAAGAAAAAUAUGAUGAUUUAGCAGAAAAAAUGAGAUUUUUUGAAAAAGAAAGUGAUAUAAACAUGAAAGAAAUUGAAGAAGCACUAAUUAUAUUACGUCAACGUAAACAACGACAAGAACCAAAUUUUGACUUUCUACAAAAAGUUGAUGAUGAAAAAGCACAAAAUCUAAAUCGACGAGUACUUGAAUUAGAAAGUCAAUUAGCUGAAACAGCUAAUGAAUUAGAAAAAACUCGAAACUUAUUAUUUAUGCAAUAUAAAAUUAAUCGAGAUUAUAAACUUGAAGUUGAUUGUGUUCAAAGAAAAAUGGAUGAAAAUCAUGCAGAGUAUUCAUCACGUGUAGUUGAAAGUGGUCAAUUACUUGAUAUUCGUGCUGAUCGUAUUCGACAACUUGAAAAAGCCUUAAAAGAUGUUGCUUAUGGUACACGUCAAUAUCGUGUUCAAGAACAACAAAUUGUUGAUAACAAUCUAACUAAUGACUUAAUUGAAGAAGCUAUCGAACUUGAACGUGGUCAAAAUUUAAUCGAAGUUCAUAUAAGUCGUGCAUCAUUUAAUGAACGUGCACUUGAAUUUUUCGGUAAAAACAAUGAACCAUCAACAUUCUGUUCAAUAGAAUUUUUUGAACAUGAAUUACAAAUGACACCUAUUGUAAAGGGUCGAACACCAGAAUAUAAUUUUACUGCACAAUAUAUUGUUAAUGUUGAUGAUUUUCUUUUGUAUUAUUUACAAAAAGAAUAUACACUUAUUGAACUUCAUCAAACAGUUGGACAAUCAUUUCAAACAAUUGCUACAUGUAAACUUAGUUUAAAACAACUUAUUGAAGGUACUCAAGGUCGACUACAUGGUACAGCUAAAUUAAUAGCAUCUCAUCAAAAUAAUAUUGAUAUUGGUACAUUUGGGGCUGUUGAAUAUUGGGUUCGUUUGCGUGUACCUAUGGAACAAGCAUUCCGUUUAUUAAAAGAAAAAAUGAAAGCUCAAGGUUAUCUUGUUACAACAAGUCGUCAAUCAACAAAAACAUCUGAUGAUAUUGAACAACAACGUGAAAUGGAUCCAAAUAUGAAUGAAUUAACAAUAGCUAUUCUUAAUUGUGCAAAUGUUACAGCAGCUACAUCAGAUCAUCAACCUGAUCUUUAUUGUAUAUAUAAAUUUUAUGAUUUUGCUGAUCAUGAUACAAUAACAAUUCCAUCAUCAAAUAAUCCAAAUUUUGAUGAUCGUAUACAAUAUCCUGUUCAAAUGGAUGCUGAUCUUGAUCGUUAUCUUAAACAAUCUCAAUUAACAAUAUUUGUUUUUGAUGAUCGUGAUCAAAAAGAUGAUCGUUAUGUUGCACGUGCUGAUAUUCCAUUAAUACCACUUUCACAUGACAAUCCAAUUCGAGGUACAUUUCAUAUGCAAACUGAUCAAGGUGAACAAAAUGGUACAAUGGAUGUUACACUUAAAUGGACAUAUUCAUAUUUACCACCAUCAUCAUCAACUCGUACACCAGCUCAACGUUCAAAAAGUAUACCUACAAGUCAUCGUGAACCUUUAGCUUUAUUACCUAAUGAAAGUAUAUCUGGACAUAAAACAAUAGCUGAAAAACAAAAAGAAAUGAAUGUAAGAUUAAAAUCACAAGAUGUACUUGGGUCGGAUAGUGAACAAAGACCAAGACCAGGUUUACCAAGAAAUAGUUCUGGUUUACCAUCAUCUAGUUCAUCACAACCAGUACGUAAUGGGCAUCAAAAUUAUCCUCAACGAACAUCAUCAAAUGCAAGUUUACAGAGCAAACGAGUUAGUUUUGAUAAUCGAGAUGAUGGUACAUCAACUCAAAUUCAAAAUGGGGAUCAUCCAGCUACUAGCGAAACAAGUCGUACAGUGUCACCUGUAUCAUCUGAUGAAGUAGUCAAUCCAUCAGUUGCAGCAACACCUUAUGUGGAUGAUUCUGAGCCAGAUAUUGUUUAUCAAACUUCAAUUUCAAGAAAUCCUAAAAAAGGAGAUGAUAUUGUAACAAUCGGUGUACAUGAUCUUGUACUCAAUAAUAGAUGUUCUGUAUUUGAUGAUGAUAAUUGUGAAAAAGUAUUCGUUAGUGUGGAAUUUCUUGAUUAUCCAGCAGAAGCACUUGAAACACCAUAUGCAUUAGUCAAAGGAGAACCAAAUACAAAAUAUAGUUUUAAUUUUCAAACUGAUUGUUUAAUACGUGAUCAAUCAAAGAAAAAACAACUUGCUGAACUUGUUGAACCAAAAUCAAGUGGAGAGUAA